AUGGCGCACCGCCGCACUCAGUCCGCGCGAUUCCCGGUCAUGGACAGCCGUGCCAGCUCCCUCGACUCGUCCUUGCCGCCGCUCAGCCUCGCCGCCCUCUCCUCCCUCUCGUCGCGCAAGCCCAAAAUCUACUGGUAUCGCACCACCUUCUUUGCCCUCUCCGCCCUCGUCAUAGUCUCCAUCUACGUCCUCCUUGUCGCCCAGCCGUCGCUUUCACCCAUCCAGCGCGUCGACGCAGAUGCCCCGCACCACAUCCCGGGGCGACUGUCCUCCGAGUCCUUCCGCCUCGCCGCCUUGCGCCACAAGACCGCGGCAGGCAGUCUGGGAAACGAGAGCAAGCAAUCCACGGUGGGCCCCCAGAUCCAGCUCGACCCAGCGCAGGAGCUUGCCGCCAUCUCGAGUUUCCUUGCGAGCCUGCCCCAGAACGUGAUCCCGUCGUCCGUCGACCCUUCGCAGCCGAUCGAUGCCCAGCUCGUGCUCGACUUUGACACACGGCGGUCAGACGCGGCGGACGAGAUGCAGCGGGUCGUCGACGAUGUGUGGGCGCGAAACCCGGUCUUGCUCUAUGCAAAGUUCUACUCUCCCGUUUCCCGAGAGAUUAAGCAGAUACUCUCCGACAUGUACUUGCGCCCGGCACCCACCAUCAUCGACGUUGAUCUACGAACCGACGAAUCCGUGCUCACACCCCUUCUCUUCCGCCUCACGUCCAGUUCGCAGUUGCCCAUCCUCCUCAUCGGCGGCAAGCCCGUCACCGCGUCGAUAGAGGAGAUACGCGAUCUCCGCAGACGAGGUGAGCUCCAGCGCAUGGUCACUAGUGCCGGUGCGGAGCUCUAUGGCGCGAAGAAGAAGCAGAAGAAGCUAUAG